AUGUACUACAACACAAACUCGGGCUCAUUGAGCAUAUUGAUACUUUUCAUAUUGAUAUUAAUUUCAAUAUCAAACUAUUUGAGUUUCAGUAGGAUUGAAAGCACACUUGGAUCAAAAUCAGUACCAGAAUCAGCUUUCGAUUCACUGGCAGUCUACAACUCUGCACCAUCAAAAGAGCUCCGAAAAAAUGCGCUGAAAUCUGCGGAAAACGACAGAAAAGAGCUAUUAAUUGCAUCGAAACAAGAGAAGUCGAAGAUUUUUUACAAGGCAGUGAAAAUGGAGGCUCAUUGUCCAGUUAAAGAAAGAAUUUGAGAGAAAGGAGACGGUGGAAAAUACGUUUGUAAUCCGAAAUUGGUGAAGAAGGACUGCACUUUGCUGUCUCUCGGUCUGAAUAAUCAAAUUGGCUAUGACAGCCAUAUUUAUGAAGUCACCGGAAAACAAUGCAAAAUUCUCGGAGCAGAUAAGGAUCCCCAAAGGCCUAACACCAAAGCUUCCUACGAGAAAAUGAACGGACAACUUUUUUCGGGAAAAAUUCCCGACGAGCUCACAAUUCCCUCAAUGCUCCAGAAAUCCGGGAGAAAUGAGGUGGAGCUGCUGAAAAUUGAUAUCGAAGGAGGAGAGUUCACCGGGUUGGAGCCGCUGAUUAGUGAAUAUUUUGUGUGUCAGAUUUUCAUCGAAGUGCACGGAAAACCCGCUGAGCACCUGAAAAUGCUCCGAAUAAUGUCGAAAUACGGUUUCCGUUUAUUCAACAUUGAUGAGAACCCGUAUUGUGAGAAUUGCUGUGAAUAUAGUCUGAUCAACGAGCUCUGUAUGGCUCAAUUCGGAGUUGUACCGCUGGGAAAAGUUAUUCCAGAAAUUAAUGAAUAA